GGGAUUUGGAUUGGUUUGUAUAAGUUGUGAGUGAAAGUUGUUGAAGAUAGAUAGAAGAGAGUCUUUAUAGAUCAAAGGAAAACAAGAGUCGAGAAUGAAAGGAGGACAGAUGUGGAAGGACAGCUUGGUUCAGCCACAGCAGUCUUAUGCACAAGCUGUUGUUGGAAAGAGUCAAAGGUUAGAAGGAACAAUUAGGGAAGGUCACCAGGAUAAAGUUUUGGUUGGUGAAAUGGUGAUACAUAAUCCUGUGCAGAAUCCACUUUCACCAAACGAAGAGGUUAGUUCUUCUGCUAAGCAGGGAGACAAUAACAAUCACCUAAGUUCUGCUAAUUUCAUUGAGUUUUCUCUAGAGAAAGAGGAGAAUAAGUGGCUAGAUGGGAGUAUGGUGGUUGAGAGUAUGCUGGAAGAUGAAUCGGAAUAUUCAUCAUCACAAAAUAUGGAAGAGGAUCUCGAAUUGAUUAAUAAUGAGAUUAACGGUGAAGAUGUUGUUAGCAUUGAUGAGGAAUUGUUAAAGAAAGCGAGUAAUUUGAAUUUUAAAGGUGCUGAUGUAACAGUCGAUGAGGGUAUUUUUCAGAAAAAACAAUGGGAAUGUGGUGGAGGGGGUGAUGAUGUUGGGCCAAAUAAGGAGACAAUUGGGCCACUGGUAGGUGAGUUGAAUGGGCUUGAGAAUGAUGUUGGGUUGGAAGAGGAGACUAAGUUGGAAUGGGUUCAUGAUAGGAUAUGCAGCUUGUUGUGGAAUUUGGAUGGGUGUGAAUGGACAAUGAAGGAAUUGAGAGGUGCAUCAGGGGGUUUGCUUUGUGUUUGGGACAAACUAAAAUUUGUUAAGACAGGGGAAUUCAUAGGUGACAGGUUUUUGGGCAUAUCAAAGGAAUGGGGAUCGACAAAGGAGAAGUGUUAUUUGGUGAAUGUGUAUGCUCCACAAGAGAGACAGAAAAAAGCACAGCUAUGGGAUGAGCUAAUGCAUAUGAUUGUUGAAGUGGGUGGCCGAUGGUUGGUUGUAGAUGAUUUUAGUGCUGUGAGAAGUAUGGAAGAAAGAAGGGGAAGAAUAGAAGACAAUUCAGUGAUGGGGGAAUUCAAUGCUUUUGUUAAGACAACAGAACUUGUUGAUUUGAGAUUGGUGAAUAAGCGUUUCACAUGGGGUUGGAAUAAAAAUGUGUUCGAGGAUAUGAAUGCUCAUUUUGAUAGUAUGAUAAGGAAGAUUGAACAAGUGGAUUUGAGGAAUGAAGAUUUUGAAUUGAAAGAUUUUGAAGUGGAGCAAAGACAAGAAGUUGUUGAUGAGGCUAGGAAGAGGAAACAACAUGCUUUUGUUUUUAAAGCAGAUUUUGAAAAGGCCUAUGAUUGUGUCGAUUGGUCGUUUUUGGAUUGGAUGAUGGAUAGGUUUGGAUUUGGGAUUAAGUGGAGAGGAUGGAUCAAGGAGUGUCUCUUAACAGCAAGAGUUUCGGUUCUUGUAAAUGGAACUACGACAAUGGAGUUUGAGAUAGGAAAGGGAUUAAGGCAAGGAGAUCCUUUGUCUCUUUUUCUUUUCUUGAUGAUUGGUGAAGGAUUGCAUGGUUUAAUUAAAAAGGAGGUAGAUAUUACUGUAGUGGAGAAUUGGAAGGUGUCUAGAGUCCGGAGGAAUGUCAUUUGGAUAGGUGGGAUUUUUGUGAGGUUAAGAGAAAUGUUGGUGAAGGGGUUUCGAUGGGGGGUUGGUGAUGGACGAAGGGCUAGGUUUUGGAAAGAUAUUUGGGUGGGUGAUAAGUCUUUAAGUGAAUUAUGUCCUCGAUUGUUAGCGUUGAGUGCUAAUAAAGAGAGUGUGGUUGAUCCAGUUGGCUGUGCUUUGGCAAUGAGAACAUUCAAAUCUCAAUUGAAGAGGUAUUGGAAGCAGCAACAGGGUCACGUUUAAUGUGUACAUUGGAGGCUUGCUUUCUAUGAUGGUUGUUGGAAUUUUGUAGAUUAGGUGUAUGAUUUUUGGCCGUGUCCAUUGUGCUUGUUUCAAACUUUUUUAAUUUUGUAAAUGGGUUGGAGUACAUUUUGUACUCCAAAUAGUAUAAUAAUUUUCACUUUACUGA